AUGUCGAAUUUUAUAUCUUUAUUUUGUUCUGGAAUUUUAAAUAUUUUUGUAACAAUAUAUGGAACUACAUUAGUAACAAGUUCACUUGUUUGGUGUAGAUUAGUAUAUGUAUUAGCUCAAACAUUAGGGCUUAUUACAUUUUCUAUGAUAUGUUUGAUUUCUUUUGAUCAAUUUUUUUCAACAGAUUAUCGAUUAAAUUUAAGAUCCAUUUGUACAUUGAAAUUAGCUCAAUGGCUUGCAUUUAUAAGCAUUUUUAUUUGCUUUGUUCAUGGUAUUACAUGUUCGUUCUUUGUCAAUAUUGUACCAUUAGUAGGAUGUGUUACGACAAAUCCAAUUUUAAUUCGAUAUUUUACAUAUUUCUUUUAUCCAAUUUUGACCGGUUUUCUUCCCAUUAUUACUGUUUCUAUAUUUAGUUUAUUUGCUUUUCGUAAUGUUCGUCAUAUAAUUCGUCGUCAAGUACCAAUUGAACGUCGUCGACUUGAUCUUCAAAUUACAGCAAUGGUAUUACUUCGUAUGGGAUUUUUUGUUGCUUUUACAUUGCCUUAUAUAAGUUUUCGUAUCUAUAUUGUUAAUGUUACUGUAAAAAAAACAGAUCUUUUGCAAUAUGCAAUCAUACAAUUGAUUCAAGCAAUUAUUUUUUCUAUCGCUGGCUUGAACAUUGCAACGAGUUGCUAUAUAUUCGCAAUAUCAUCCUCAAGAUAUCGUCGUCAAAUAAAAUAUGUUUUAGUGAAAAAAUGUUGGCAACGAUGGAAAAGUUGGUGCUGUUUCCAUAACAAUCGAAUUCAACCUGAAAAUGCAAUAUCUUUAGGUUCAAAUUUUGAACUUGAUUAA